AUGCAUUGCUUGAGGCCUCUUUUCGCUCUAUGGCUUGCCUGUUCGGCAUCGGCACAAGGUGAUCCGAAGGACAUUGAACCAGAUGAUUUCUACCCUCGUGAACCAGACUCCCCUUACUCUUACCCCAGUCCUAAUAUAACUGGCCUUGGUGGAUGGGAUGUCGCCAUUUCGAAGGCAAGGCUCUUUGUUUCGGAGUUGACAACGGAAGAGAAGGUUUCUCUUAGCAACGGCACUGGCUUUCCUCCAGACCCAAAUAACCCAAACCGACUUUGUCAGGGUCAAACUGCGCCAAUCCCCCGUCUCAAUUUCCCAGGACUUUGUUAUAUCGAUAGCGACACAGGCAUUGGCAAUUCGCAUUCAUACAGAACGGGGUUUCCCCCGGGUGUCACAGUUGCGUCGACUUGGAACAGAGAGUUUAUUCGAGCCCGUGGCUUCGCAAUAGCUACAGAGCAUAAGAACAAGGGAGCACAUGCCGUUCUGGGGCCAGUUCUUGCCCUCGGCCGUACUGUUGGCGGUGGGACAAAUUUUGAAGGAUUUGGUAACGACGCGUUUUUGAUUGGUGCUGCUGGUUACGAGACCGUCAUCGGAGAACAGGCCGCUGGUGUGCAAAACAGUAUCUAG